ACACAAAACCCACACUUCCACCAGACAGUCCGGUUCAGUUCAGUUUGAUUCGGUCUAUUACACAUCUUUCAUGUUUCCACUGACAGGAGUCAUGCAUGGUACCAGCACCUCUGUUGUGGUUCCACGUGAGCUGAGCUGAUAUUAAAACAUUGCAGAGAGAAUGGCAGCAACCACAGCCGUCUCAUCGUCUGUAGUUCUGUUUGUCAAAGUCGAGGAUCCUUCCAAGUCGAGUCCUAGGGGGCCUAGGCAAGACUCCUUCCGAGCAUUUGAACACAUAUUAUGGAAGAAGUUAAAAUUUCCUGCCUGACACAUAUUGCGCCAUCUGCCUCUUCAUCCCUUCAUUCGGCAGCACACUGUGCUCUUAGUACUGUGGGACUACUUCAGUGUGCCAACGAUACACACUGGCGAAAACCCCUGUGUGAAGGAUUCAAUCCUUUGUAGAAUUUGAAGGAUCCUGACAUCAGAACAGUCUUUCAGCAGCAUUCGAUGUCAUGGCAUCCUCCAUUGACUUGAUGGAGGGCAUAGCAUGACAGUGGGUCAGUUAUUAAAUGCUGCAUCUUCUCAAGACCAAGAAAAGUCUUGUCUGUUGUUUCCCAACUGCUUGGAAAAUGAAAGGGGUUAGCCAGCCUUAAAUCCAAGGUUUAGGCACAAGUAGGUAUGGGUUAGAAACGCAAGAUGAUGUUGAAGCUAUCACAAAUGAGAUCAAGAAGUCAGCCAACAACGCGAGAAACAAACUUAAAAGUAUUGAACGGCAGCUUGAGUCUAACACAGAUGAGAGAGCCUCAGCUGACCUCAGGAUACGCAAAUCACAGCAUGCUAUCCUGGCCAAGAAGUUUGUAGAGGUGAUGACAAAAUACAACGAGGCCCAAGUUGACUUCAGAGAUAAAAGCAAAGGAAGAAUUGCCCGACAGCUGGAAAUCACGGGGAAAGCAACAACUGAUGAGGAACUGGAAGAGAUGCUGGAGGGAGGGAACUCAGCUGUCUUCACUGCUGGGAUCAUGGACUCUAAGAUCAACCAGCAAGCCCUGAAUGAGAUUGAAGCUCGUCACAAAGACAUCAUGAGGCUGGAAAGCAGCAUCAAAGAGCUCCACGACAUGUUUGUCGAUAUUGCCAUGCUGGUCGAGAACCAGGGUGGCAUGAUUGACAGAAUUGAGAGCAACAUGGACCAGUCAGUGGGCUUUGUAGAGAGGGCAGUUGCCGACACUAAAAAAGCAGCCAAAUUCCAGCAGGAGGCGCGUAGGAAACAAAUGAUGAUCUUCUGUUGCUGUGUGAUUUUGGCCCUUGUCCUCGGCUCAUUUGUCUACAGCUUCAUUAAGUAGAAAACUCAAAGCAGCCACGGGGCCACCUACCAGUUGAGUCCACACAGCAAAGGAUCAGAGGCAGAACAUGACUGCACUCUGGUGGUCGCCAAAUAGAGCCUGAGCUCACUCUACUCUCAUUCUAACUCAUUCAAAGUAGAUGUAGAAACUGCAAAUAUUUGCAUUCAGUCUCACUUAUUUCUGAUUAUGUCAAGGCAACUUUCUUAAUACUCUCGGGAUGAUCUGCAUUUAAAUUAAGUUUCAGCGCAGUGUCUGAAUUAUUGAAGUUACACAAAUGGAUAGGUCUUUAGAGCUGUCCUGAAAGGUCCGAGAAGAGAUCUCAAUAUGACUUAAAAUGAGCAUAUGAACCAACAUAACCUGAACAUUACAGACUUCAUAAAUGCGAGAGUUUUAUGGAGCUCCUAUAUUAUCAAAGUAUUAUCAAAAUGUUCCCUGUGAGUCCCAUUAUGGGAAAUUUGAACAGUAUUAUGUGCGGUGUUUUUUCACUUAAUGUUGGUGUGUAUGUGUAGGACUUGUCAGGAUUGUUUGUUUUAGAUUAGAUAAAUCUGUGGAGUGGAAAAGUUGACCAGAAGCCAGUACUAGAUGAUAGGUUGAGGGAUCACCAAGAAGGUUAUGAUUCAUUGUGUAGGAGCCAUUCAUAACGGUAAAUAUCAUGCCAAUUUGGCAGCUUGCUUGUCCUGUCAGGGUAAAAUCAUUUACUUUUAUUUGUGUACAUCUUUGUCCUCUUUUAAGACAUGAAAAAUAAGUCUGUUUUGCCAUUUGUAGAUCCUACACAUCUCAGUCUUCUUUUCACUGAAAGGGAAAGAUUCCUAACAAAGCUGUCCAAUCUGAAAGAGCGUCUUAAGUGAGCUUUGAAAACGUUUUACUGCACCGUGUACUGCGAUCUCAGAUGAUUUAAAUGCUUUUUACGUUAAGUUGUCAUGAUCUGUCUUGAAUGAAACAGUUAAAAACCGAGAUUGGAAUGUUGUCAUACUGAACAAACAACUGCCAUAAUGAACAACAAUGAAAUUAUCUCCAAUUGAAUAAGAACAGCAGCUGCUGUUACCAUUUGAACAAAGUCAAAGUGAACAAACACAUAUCCUUGUUGCACAACAGCAUGACAACCACUCUGCCCAUCAUCAUGAUGCUUAUCUGUGAAGUCAGUAUCCUAAGUAUUGAGACAGCUGUUGUCAUUCUUUUGUGCAUUUGUCUAUUGUUUGUGUUUUGAUGCGGAAACCAUACUACUGUGCCAAUACUUAUGCUAUCGACGGCAUCAAAUGAUACAAUUCAUAUCAUGUUGUGGAUAAGUACCUGCUAUGACUCCGUAGUGGACCUUUAUUUUAACCAUUUACGGUAAUUAUGAAAGUAAGACAAUUUCCAUAAAAAACAAAUCACAUAUUGAAGUUUUGAUGUUGAACUGGUUAUAAGAUAAUUGAUCGUAGAAGCUGUAUGACCUAAGAAUAGAUGUUGAUGCUGAGGGUGUAGAUUAGAACUGGAAAUACACAGCUCUGCUCUAUUUGAUGAUACUGACACUGCCUUGGGGGUGUUUUACUGCUUUAGGUCUCUGUUGUUUGUGUAUUUCUUACAAAGAAUGCUUUCAUUUUUAAUGUGUGUGUGUGUGUGUGUGAGUGUGAG